AGGAGACUGAAAUGAUUUCCAUCUUAUUUCUCUCUUUUGUUUUCGAUUACAUUAAGGUUUCACAUUUAUACUAGACUAACUAGGUUAACUUUGAUCCUCAUCCAUUAGAGCCUCAAACCUAUUGGUCAGCUUAAUAUCUUGACCAAGACAGCUGUCAUUGUUGCUUUUACUUUUGAGCAGCUUCCUGGAGGUUUCCUUCUCAACAAUCUCACAUUUGUCUUCUUGUUCUUUUGCAGUGGACCGUUGGAGAGUUGAAGACUGACUGGGCUCAAGCUUGCUGGGCUUGGUUUGUUCUGUUGGAGACUUGGGCUUCCAGACUGAUGUUAUGUUGUUGGACUCGGGCCUGUUUUCUGAUAAGGGCAUCUUUGGCUCCUGUUUUGUCUUCUUGUUGUCUGAAACCGAGAAACCCUUUUUCUCUUUAGCUAGGUGGCACAUCGACGCCGAGUUUGAAUCGAAGAGAGUUGAAAGGUCCAGGCGGAAGAGAUUUGGUGAAGAUGUCCGCGAUCUGAAGAGUGUUUGGUAUGUGAGUGACCCGGAGAUUCCCCAAGGCAACCUGCUCCCUUACAUAGUGCCAGUGUGUCUGGAAGUGUUUGCUGCGUUUAUGGAAAGAUGGAUUUGCUGUCAGGUAAACUGCAGAGAGAUUGUCGCAGAACAGCUCCGGUGGACAGUAAAGAGGAAUCUCAAGUUCCUUCAAUACUUUGCAGAUCCAGGAUAUAACAUUGGUGCCCAGAAAGGUACAAAAGCCACCUGUAGAUCGUCGUGUAGAGCCACAACCAGCAUAGUCACUGUCACUGAGGUUGAAGUCUGAGACAGUCGGCAUGUGCAUCUUUUGAUAGACAUAGUUUACUGCAAACUGUAUUUCUGGUCUUGUAAGUGUAAGUGGUAGAGGAGUAGGCAUUGGUGCACAGUCUAGCAUUCUAGCUACUGCAAACAAACAGGGAAGGAUCUGACAUGCUGCAGAAGAAACCAAACUCCAAAAGAUAAGUACUGAACUUAUUAAACCAAGCUCUUGGUGCCUGUUUUAAGCCGUGCAGAGCCUUAUGAAGAUGACACACAUAGUCUGGUUUUGCAGGAUCAAUGAAGCCAACAGGUUGAGUCAUAUAUACUGUUUCCUUAAGAUCUCCAUGUAAGAAUGCAUUUUUAACAUCCAUUUGUUUAAUCUCCCAUCCCAUAAUUGUAGCAAGAUGUAAAACUGACCUGACUGUGGCUGUUC